GCAAAUCUCUUUUAAAGUUUUGUAAUUUUACGACAGUGUCUGGGUAAUUCCAUAAAUUCUGAUAAAAGAGAUGCAACUCCCAUAAUUAUUUCUCCCUCUUUGCAGUCGCCGUUUCCUCUCGAUUGGUCGACAAAAGAAGAAGACAGGGUCUGUUCUCUUUCGCCUCCGCGCUCCAAAUCUCCUAACUCUCAGAAAACUUCGAUCUCUUGCCUUAUUGAUUCCGAAGGCACUUCGGAUUCUUAUUUUUUCUUUCUGAUUCUUUCGCUUUGGGGUUUUAUUAUGAAACGGUUCCUGCGUUCCCGGAUUUGAUUUCGCGUCUUGAUCUGAGUGUUACUUCGAAUUUUGUCAAAUGGCGGGGCAAAAUCAAGCGGGCGGUAUGGAUCAGUUCGAUGCGUUCUUUCAGAGGGCAGAUUUGGAUAAGGACGGCAGAAUCAGUGGGGCUGAAGCUGUUGCUUUCUUCCAGGGAUCCAAUCUGCCAAAACACGUCCUUGCGCAGAUAUGGAUGCAUGCUGAUCAAGGACGUACUGGUUUCCUUGGCCGAGCAGAAUUUUAUAAUGCUCUUAAACUUGUUACUGUUGCUCAGAGCAAGCGAGAACUAACGCCAGAUAUUGUGAAGGCAGCAUUAUAUGGUCCAGCCGCAGCUAAAAUUCCUGCACCACAAAUAAAUCUUGCAGCUAUACCCACACAUCAAUUAAAUUCAGCAGCCGCAGCUCCUGUCCCACAAAUGGGUGCCAGUGUACCAACAUCGUCUCAAAAUCUUGCCUUCAGAGGGCAAGCUGUACCAAAUGCAAGUAUAAACCAGCAAUAUUUUCCUCCUCAGCAACCCCAGUUAACAAGACCACCUCAGCCCAUGUCUGUUGGUACUGCUUCACGUCCCCCACAGGGUAUUUCAGGUUCAGAACGUAAUAGGGGAGGUGGUUUCUUGAGCCCUAGUGCGCCAAACUCAAAUAUUUCAAAUGAUUGGUUGGGUGGAAGAACUGGGGGUGCUCCUGUGGGGGCUACAACCCCCAACAGAGGGAUUACUCCAUCGGCAUUCUCAGGUGCCUCAACACCACAAAAUCUAGUUACAACAUCCUCCCAGCCAGCAGUUAAGGAUUCUAAGCCACCUAUUGCUUCUGGAAAUGGUUUUGCUUCUGACCCAUUUUUUGGAGGUGAUGUAUUUUCUGCAAAACCAUCUUCUAUGGUAAAGCAAGAUUCUCCUACUCCUAGUUAUUCUGCUAGCAGUGUACCAGUUUCAUCAUCCAUUGUUCCAGUUUCUAGCGGGGCCCAACCUCCAGUUAAGCAUGCCUCGCUUGAUUCAUUGAGUGCUUUCACGAUGCAACCUUCAAGUGGUCAGCCUCAGCGCACUCAGUCAUUGGGGAGCCCAAACCAACAGGUUUUCUCUCAAAGUUCAUCCUCACUUGCAUCAUCCAAUAUCUCAGUGGGUAUUGAAAAUUCCGCUCCCAGUCAGUCCCAGCCAGCAUGGCCAAAGAUGACAUUAUCUGAUAUCCAAAAGUACACGAAAGUGUUUGUAGAAGUAGACACUGAUAGAGAUGGGAGAAUCACUGGGGAACAGGCGCGUAGUCUAUUCUUAAGUUGGAGAUUGCCAAGAGAGGUCUUGAAGCAGGUUUGGGACUUGUCUGAUCAUGAUAAUGAUAGCAUGCUUUCUUUGAGGGAGUUCUGCAUUGCUCUCUAUCUAAUGGAGCGAUAUAGAGAAGGACAUCCUCUUCCGCCUGUGCUUCCUAAUAAUAUUUUGUAUGAUGAGACGUUGUUACGUAUGACAGGCGAACCCAAAACUUCAUAUGGAAAUGCAACCUGGGGAACUCCUGGUUUGAGACCACAACAAGGGAUGCCUGCUACUCGACCAGUGACAUCUACAGCUGGUCUGAGGCCACCAGUGCAGGUAUCCACAUCCCAGGCUGAUAGUCUGAUGCAACCUUAUCAACAAAAUUCAAGAGGUCCAGUGUUGGAGAGCCCCCUCAUGAACCAGAUGAGUAAUAGUGAGCAGAACUCCCAAAGUGGGAAGUUUCGAGAGGCAACAGAUACAGACACAAAGGUUGAAAGAACAGAGAAUGUGAUUCUGGAUUCCAAAGAGAAGAUUGAGCUCUACCGCAUAAAAAUGCAGGAACUUGUUCUUUAUAAAAGCAGAUGUGACAAUCGACUUAAUGAGAUCACUGAGAGGGCGUCUGCAGAUAAACGUGAGGCUGAGUCGCUGGGUAAGAAAUAUGAGGAGAGGUACAAGCAGGUUGCAGAAAUAGCCUCUAAAUUGGCUAUUGAAGAGGCCACAUUGCGUGAUAUUCAGGGGAGGAAGAUGGAGUUGCAUCAAGCAAUUGUCAAAAUGGAACAAGGGGGCAGUGCAGAUGGUAUUCUUCAGGUUCGUGCGGAUCGUAUACAAUUAGAUCUUGAGGGCUUGAUGAAGGCUCUAAAUGAACGUUGCAAGAAACAUGGAUUAGAUGUCAAGUCAAGUGCAAUAAUUGAGCUUCCCUUUGGCUGGCAACCUGGAAUUCAAGAGGGGGCAGCUGAUUGGGAUGAAGAUUGGGACAAGUUUGAAGAUGAAGGAUUUUCAUUGGGCAAAGAUCUCUCCCUUGAGUCGCAAGGUGUUAUAUCCUCUCCAAAACAAAAAUCCUCAUCUGUUUGGAAAGAAAAAGCUUCCCUAGAUGGUAGCUUAACCUCCAAUUCAUUGUCAAAUGUUGAUGGUACAUCAGAAAAACAUUUUACAGAUGACCAUGUUCAUAAAAGUGAAUCAGCAUACACCCAAAGUGAGGAUGACAUGGCACGAAGCCUGCCCGAGAGCCCAGCUGGAAAAACAGCACAGGAAAGUGCAUCUCAAGAGUUUUCAGAUAUCCAUUCUAGAAAGAGCGCCGAAGUGGAUUCUGAAAUGCACAGAAAUUUUGAUGAACCAGGCUGGGGUACCUUUGACAAUAAUGAUGACAUGGAUUCAGUGUGGGGCUUUAACCCUGUUAAUACCAAGGGGUCAGAUCUCGAGAAGCAUAGAGAAAAUUAUUUCUUUGAAUCUGGUGAGAUGGGCAUCAACCCAAUUAGAACAGAAUCUCCAUCAGCAGGCAACGUGUUCCAGAAAAAGAGCCCAUUUACUUUUGCAGAUUCUCUUCCUGGCACUCCUGUCUCCAAGUCUGGCAAUUCCCCUCCAAGGUUCAGCGGGGCAUCUGGAGACCACUUCUUUGACAAUUUCUCGAGGUUCGAUUCAUUUAGCAUGCAAGAUGGUGGGUUUUCCCCUGAUCAAAAACCUUUUGCAAGGUUUGACUCCAUAAGCAGCUCCCGAGACUUCGGCCACUCGCCUGCACCAGCAACUCUCACAAGGUUCGACUCCAUAAAUAGCACCAGGGACUUUGGCUUCAACCCCUCUGCACGGGAGACUUUCACAAGGUUUGACUCCAUAAACAGCACCAGGGACUUUGGCCUUAACCCCCCUGCACGAGAGACUUUCACAAGGUUUGACUCCAUAAGCAGCUCCAGGGACUUCGGCCACAACAGAGGGUUUCCUUCCUUCGACGACUCUGAUCCAUUUGGCUCUAGCGGUCCAUUUAAGGUUUCAUCAGAUGCUCAAACAUCAAAGAAAAGUUCUGAUAAUUGGAGUUCUUUCUAGCUGGAAAUUUGAUCAUGCUUUUCUACAUUAAACCCCUUUGUACUCCCCUCUUCUUGAAGGUUUGUUUCUGUUGAUAUAGCGGCGAUUUUUUCACGUGUUGUAUAGCUGGAACAGAAGUUGAAUUGUUGUAAAGAUCAGUAGUGAUCUUUCUGCAUUCAUGCCAUCAUAUGAUUUUUUUUGUUUAUUUUUUCGGUGUGCUAGGAUGAGCAAAGAAUAAAAGUUUCCUUCUCUUUUUCGUGGGAACAGAAUACUUUUUGUAUUUUUUCACUUUCCUAUAUAGUUUGUCUUCCAAAUCU